AUGGACCCGAGCGGGAAGGUCUUCGAGGGCAAGCUCUUCGUGCAGACGAUCGAUGCACGCGAUGAGAACGAGGAGAAGUACAUGCGGGCGUUCCGCUCGUUCGAGGAGACGACGGCGGGGCUCAGCGAUAAGGACUUUCAUGAUCUGAUGUCGUCCAUGGUCAGCAAGGAGAAGCAACACGAAGAGAUCUCACUCGCCCUGGUCUACAUCAUACUGACCGAUCCGAAUGGAGCCCCAAAGACAUACCGCGAUCUGACGCUGCUAAGCCGCGACGGGCUCGCGUUCGUCACGGCCAAUCUGGCCAUGCUGGUGGCGGAAAAGUACCACAAGCUGACGGACAUCGGCCGCAAGCAGCUGCUCUGGUUGUUGCGCGAGCUCAUCAAGAACCAGGUGAUGAACGUGGACAACCUGGCGUGGAACAUCCUGCGGCAGGCGAGCGGAGGCGACAUCAGUCCGAAAAAUAUCGCCCUGAUCGAGGGUUUGCUGGACAUCUUCACCGAGCACCGGGCUUGGCUGGAGAAGGACCAGUUCCUAACCGGCACGGUGGCGUACACGUUCGUGCGGCUCAUUGAGGAUCACUUUGGGCCUCAGUUCGCGCACCUGCGCAGCCGAGAGGUGAAGUUCGUGAUUUCAUUGAUACGCGACCGCUUCACGGACAUCGUGCCGCUCGGUCGGGAGUUUGUGCGGUUGCUGCAGAACGUCGGGCGGAUACCGGAGUUCGACCAGCUGUGGAAGGACAUGUUGUACAACCCGAAGUCACUGUGUCCCACGUUUAACGGUGUGUGGCAGCUGUUACAGACACGCACCAGCCGGCGGUUUCUGCGCGGCCGCCUAACACCGGACAUCGAGCGCAAGAUACACUUUCUCACGAGCAACGUCAAGUUCGGCAAUCAAAAGCGCUACCAGGAUUGGUUCCAGGAGCGGUACUUCAACACGCCCGAAUCGCAGAGCCUGCGGUGCGAUCUGAUCCGGUUCAUCAUCAGCGCGAUCCAUCCGACCAACGACAUGCUCUGCUCGGACAUCAUUCCGCGGUGGGCGAUUAUCGGCUGGCUGCUGACGUCAUGCACGAACGCGGUCGCGCUGGCGAACGUGAAACUGGCCCUCUUCUACGAUUGGCUGUUUUUCGAUCCGGCGAAGGACAACAUCAUGAACGUGGAGCCGGGCAUACUGGUGAUGUACCACUCGAUCAAAAACCACCCGCUCGUGAGCUGCACGCUGCUGGACUUUCUCUGCCGCAUCAUGAAGAACUACUACCCCAAGUGGGAGGAUCGCAUCCGGACCGGCAUCUACAACUCGCUGCGCAAGAUCCUCGAGAUGAAGGUCAUCCCGAAUCUGGUGCCGCUGUUCGAAUCCCCCAAGUUAGACCGCGACCUGAAGGCGAUGCUGCGGGAGAAUUUCCGCGAGUUCUGCGUGCCACCGAACAGUAUGUACAUGCAUCCGCCGCAUCCCGGCAUGGAGACACCGAUGAUGAUGCAUUAUCCGGUGGCGGGCGAAACGACGGAUCAUCCGCCCUACAUGAUGCACGCAAUGCACGCGAGUCAGACGGACAUCACGCAGCUAGGACGGAUGGAUGCGUCGCGCAAGGCGCACGACAGUGGCGUCGGUGUAGGUGGUCCUUUCCGAGGGCCCAUACCCGUCGGGGGCGUUGGAACGAUGCAGGGAUUGGGGCUGUUGGCACAGGGAGUAAGGGGUGCGCCCGGUGGUGGCGUACCCGUUGGAGGACCAGCAGUUGUCACGGGAGUACCCGGAAUGCCAGGGGCGGGUGGUGCCAGUGGGUGUUUAGCGAGAUCGGCAGCACCAGCGGCGAGUGGUGGUGGAGCAACGACGGAAGAUCCCAAGUUUAGUGACGACGAGGAGGACACGACAAAGCAAACCACGGUCACAAAGACGGAAGACGUGUCGGACGAUGACGAUCUGCCGCUGGCGAAGGUGCGCCUGUUGGAGAAACCAGCGAUCGCUAAGGUCGCCCUGCCGGACACGCUGAACGGGCACUUGGAGGAGUUUCUGCGUGAGAAAACCGUGAAAUCGUUCGAACCGUUGCUCCAGAGCCUGGGCAGCUGUGGGAAGGCCGCCCUCAAUCAGGAGCAGGAAAACUACCUCACGGAGAGUGUGAUAUCGGUGAUCAAGCAGACACUGCCCGACAAGAGCUACUUCCCCGCGUCCAAGACGGACGACAUCCUGUCGGAGAGCAUCAACUAUCCGCUGUUCGCCGCCUACCGGUUGCUGUACCAGCAAGAGGAGUCCCUGAAGAAGCGCAUCAUGGCGCUGCUGGUCGCGAUCGUGAGUCGGGUCAGCGUGGCCGGCUACAUGCUGCUCUACUUCCUGAAGGUACACGGGAAGCUGCAGUGCCGGCGGAAGGAGAGCACCAGCAGCACCGCAUUCAAGGCGUCCGUGUACGGCGUACUGAGCGAUGCGCUCGACUCGAUCAACUCCGUGGACGAGUGUAUCGAGAAGGAUCUCAACCUGCUCGAGAAGCACAAUACGCAGAUGUUCCUGUGGAUACUGCCGGACAUGUACCGGGAGUUCAAGCAGACCAUGCUCAACAACACGACCGUGCUCCGGCUGCUGGUGGGGUGCAUCGACGCGAGCAACCUGGGCGACAUCAUCUACAGCAUCACGCAGGGCAAGCUGAUCAUCUUCGAUGAGGACGGCAUCGUGGAGAUCCUCCGCAAGAGCCUCGAGUACGAGACGUUCGAACAAGUGUGCAUUUGGCAGCUGGUGCAGGCGCACGACAUCCCGCUCGAGACGUUCCAGGAGAUCAUUCCCGAGCUUGAAUCGGGCGCACACGCCGAGGCACUGACGGCGAUUCUGUUGUUACUGCGCGCGGAAAAACCGACAACUGAGCUCGUCCGGUUGCUGUUAAGUCGAGAAACGGAAUCGAAGCACCGAGGGGACCCAUUCGUGACCUCGGUGCUACGCUACUGGUGCCAGGAGUUCGAGGAGAAGCUGUCCGAGCUGAUUGCGGCACUGCUCACCUCGAAGUAUCCCUCUAACUCGCCGAACAAGCGCAAACGGCCGUCGAAAAGCGCCCAACAAAACACAGCCCCCACCUCGGAGCAGCUGCUGAACCACCUGGAGCACUUCCGACGGAGCUGUAGGCACGGGAACGGAACCGGAACGGGGUUGUUCGUGCAGAAUGACAUGCAGCGGGCGCUGCAGCAGGCGUUUUCGCACAGCUCCGAUAGCCAGCGGAAGCAGUUCAGCGAUCUGUUCGCGCUGGCCGCCGAAGACGAAACGUCCACGACCGUGGGCCGGAGGGGCACGAGUAGCCGCGGCAGGAAGGCACCCUCGAACAAGAAGGAAACGGCAGCCGACAAGGCGGCUGCGGCGGCCGCGGCGGCACACGCAAACAAUAGCAAAAAGGCGGCGGAAACGACCUCUAACUUUAGUGACGACUCGAGCGACGAAGACUGGUCCAAGCAGAAAGCCUCGAAACGAAGGAAAACGCUCAGCGAUUCCGAUUGA